GUGACGUGAGCGAUCCUCCUGUUUGUUUGUGUAGCUCGAGGAUGAAAAUGGCGGUGGGGAGAGAUCAACGCGAGAAUUAAAACACACAAAUGACCAUUUGACUUGGAUGACAGCAGCAUUGCUGCUCCGGGAGGGAAUAAAGAAGUAGCUUAUCGUCAACAAAGUGCAUUAACGUCAACAAACACCCGGAGUUUAACGGAGAAAAACUGCGUCCUGGAUUUAAAAUAGCUCCUGAAAUUAGCCCGCUAACCUCGUUAGCUUAGCUAGCCUUCAACUGGAAGGUUUAACGGACACCAUAGCACCACACUAACGGAAUUAUUCUGUCAGAAUAAGAUGAACUGCGCUUUUCUCCAAUUACCUCUCAAAUGCAAGCUCAGUCGUAGGCAUUGGGCUUGUAGAAAUAUUUGCAUCUGACUGAAUGCAUAACUAAUCGCUCCGUCUGGCAGUAUCAGCCAGCAAACACCAUCCUCCAAGCCUUCUCAAAGUUCAGCGAGCAUCUUUAACUUAAGAGGAGAACGGAGUAAACAGGUUGCACUGAGUGCCCAUAUCCUCCUGCCUCCCCUAGUGGGAUGGUUCUGCAUGACAGGGAGGGUAUGGUUCUGUAACCCCCUCUCUGUCCUCCAGUUACCAUCCCAUAAACCCAGUGGACCACAGCCAUAGUGUUCCCUUCAAUGAACAUCCCUCUGGAGCCCUAGAUCAAGUUACAUAGGGUGUCCAUUCUCUGCUGCCUCCCCCCGGUGGGAUGGUUCUGCAUGACAGAGAGGGUGUGGCGCCAUAGCCCCCUCUCUUUGAGAUCUCUCCCACCCCAUAAACCCAGUGGACCACAGCCAUAGAGUUCCCCUCAAUGAGCAUCCCUCUGGAGCCCUAGAUCAAGUGUGCAUAUGCUGAAAAUGAGUGCUGCAGGGGAGAAUGCCCUUGACCCCAACACCCCAGAGUCACGGAAGAGGAAGGGCUCUCCGUGCGAUACCUCUGGUCCCAGUGUGGAGAAGCGACGGCGUGAGCUGGAAUGCCGCUACAUUGACGAACUGGCUGAGUUACUGUCAGCCAACAUGAGCGACAUUGCAAGCUUGAACGUGAAGCCGGACAAAUGCCACAUCUUAAAGAGCACUGUGGACCAGAUCCAGCAGAUCAAACGGCGCGAGCAGGAAAAAGCAGCUCUGAUGUCUCCAGAUGAUGAGGUGCAAAAGAGUGACAUAUCGUCCAGCAGUCAGGGCAUGGUGGAGAAGGAAGCCCUUGGGCCACUUCUCUUGGAGGCCCUGGAUGGCUUCUUUUUUGUUGUGAACCGCGAGGGGCGCAUUGUGUUUGUGUCUGAGAACGUCACCGGUUAUCUGGGUUAUACCCAGGAAGAGCUGAUGACCUCCAGCGUCUACAGCAUCCUUCAUGUGGGUGAUCAUAACGAGUUUGUGCGCAACCUGCUACCCAAGAGCCUUGUAAACGGUGUGCCAUGGCCUCAGGAGCAAGGCCGAAGGAACAGCCACACGUUUAACUGCAGGUUGCUGAAAAGGCCUCCAGACGAGGUGGACACAGAGAACCAGGAGGCCCGUCAACAGUAUGAGUUCAUGCAGUGCUUCACGGUCUCUCAGCCUAGAGCGGUGCAGGAGGAGGGCGAGGACCUGCAGAGCUGUUUAAUCUGUAUAGCAUGCCGAAUGCCCCGUCCACCUCAGAUCCCUGUCAGUACAGAGUCCUUCAUCACCAAGCAGGACCCUACAGGGAAAAUCAUCUCUAUUGAGAUGAGUGCUCUGAGGGCCACAGGCCGACCAGGUUGGGAGGACCUGGUCAGGAAGUGCAUCUACGCAUUCUUCCAGCCUCAGGGCAAUGAGCCCUCCCAUGCCAAGAAGCUGCUUCAUGAGGUGAUGACCCACGGCACGGCCAUCAGUCCUCUGUACCAUUUCACACUCAGUGACGGGACGUCCCUCAGUGCGCAGACACGCUGCAAGUUCUGCUGCCCCCCAAAUCCAGAUGUACAGCCCUUCAUCAUGGGCAUUCACACUAUAGACAGGGAACACAACACUGCUAGCUCUCAGGAAAACACUACCCCCAGCCUUCCGUCUCCUGCUGCCCCUCCUUCCCGCUCACCUGCCCUGCAGCCCUCCAGUGACCUCAGCCUCCAUCUCAACAACAGCAAUGGCACCUGUGCCACUCCUGGACCCCCCACACCCACUCCACCAGGCUACCUGACGCCCAGCCGCAUUGGGCCCUCCCAGCAGGUCAGCAGCCCCUCUCCACUUGGCAGCCCUCUCACAGCCACCCCUACCUCAUUCAUGUCGCCCCGACCUCCACGGGGCAGCCCGGGCCUGGCCAGCAGCCCACGCGUGCCAGGUUAUCCUUUUUCCCCCUCGGCGCCCGGCAUCCACUCGCCCGCUGGCGGACUGACUAGGCAGCAGUCUGGCGGCGACAGUGUCAGUUUCUCUCUCCCCUCUCCCUUACCCCCCAGACAGACUCCGACCCCCAGCAGCUCCCCGGCACAUCAGCCCCCGGCUAAACCGCCGGAAGCGUCCGCUGAUGAGCCUAAGGCCGCUGCAGUGGGCAAACCCAAACUUAACCAGCUCUUGGACAGUGCCCCUGAACAUGACUCCCAACCCCGUCCCGUGCCCGUGGCCCAGUGUCCGGCUUCUCACAGCAGUCUGACUGAGCGGCAUAAGAUUCUGCACCGCCUGCUCCAGGACAGCAGCCCUGCAGAUACGGGCAAGGAGCCUGAUAUCAAGAAGGAGCCUCCGACCAGUCCUAACACGGCCUUGGUAGCACGGGGACAUGGGAAGGAGCCCCAGGACCACCAGCUGCUACGCUUCCUGUUGGAUACGGAUGAAAAGGACCUGGAGGACUUGCCUCCUCCGGCUGCCCUCAGCCUCAGUACGGUCAAGGUGAAGGCAGAGAAGAAAGGGAGCAAAGAGAACGUGCCCUGUGCUGCUGCUGCCCCCACCACCACCGUGUCUACAGUCCCUUGCUCGCCUCAAUCCAGUGACAAGCCCAGCCCGCAGUUUCCCAGUACUGAUCUGGACACUUUGAACCAGCUCUUGCCCACUUUGAGAAGCUCUGUGGGGGGUAAAGCAGUAGAGGAGCCAGUGCUUGUCCAGCCCAUUGAGGAUAACCUUUCCAUCGGGUUGAAUGUGAAGAGAGAGUCACCAGGAACUUCAAGCCAAGCAUUCCCUGAUGGAUCAAACCUCUCAAAUCAGUCCUCUUUUGAGUUCUGUGACCCCUCCACACCAAACCAGGGUCAGGUCCAGGUGCCGGAUCUUGGGCAGACAGACCCGUUUCAGCCACCCAAGGAGAGCAACAGCCCCUUUGCCAAUCCAACCAGCCUCAACUCUUUCAACACCAACACAGCACUGGCCAAACUGGAGCUUCCUGAGUCUCAGCAGUUCCAGCCCUUGUCCCUGGUUGAACCAGUGACCUUCGAUAGCAGCUUGGGUAACCAGACACAGGCCCCUCUGUCCUCUCCUCAAGACAGGCAGUGUGUUCCGUGUCCGCUGGAUAAGAUGCUGUGUCCGCCCACCACUCCCGAGGGCUGUAAUGACGAGAAGGCCCUGCUGGAGCAGCUGGUCACUUUCUUGAGCCGCACCGACGAGAGUGAGUUGGCCGAGCUAGACAGAGCGUUGGGCAUCGACAAGAUUGUUCAAAGUGGAUGCCUCGAACCUGUCACCCAGACCUUUCCUCAGUCUCAACCUCCAACACCUGUACCUAUGGACCCCAAGUUGCCCAGCUACCCCUCUCAGUUCCCCACCUCACCCUCACAGUUUCCUGCUGAGAUGGGCACAGCACAGGGCAUGAGUUUCGGGUCCCCACGGAUGGCGUUUCCAGGCAACGUGGGCAUGACGGUGCGGCCCGGCAUGAAUCGAGCUCCUGGUGUGCCCAACCAGCUGCGGCUACCUCCCAACCAGCUGAGACUCCAGCUCCAACAACGUUUGCAAGGCCCGCAGCAGCUCCAGAACAGGCUUGCGGCCAUGGGCCAGUUCCCACAAGGGGGGCAUGUUGCCAUGGGGAUGCGUCAGAGCAUGCAGCAGCCUCAGAUGCCCUCUCAGCCUCCGCUCAAUGCUCAGAUGAUGGCCCAGCGGCAACGGGAGCUUUAUAGUUUCCAGCACCGCCAGCGGCAGCUUCUGCAGCAGAAGGUCAUGCUGAUGAGGCAGGGGAUGAACACAGGACCUCUGGGGGCUCAGCGAGUUCCUAAGGGCCCCCAGCAGCAACAGCCACCACCACAGCAGCAGCUGUUCGGCUUUCCUCCAAGCUACAACGCCGUGCCUGGAAACACCCCUACCUCCCCAAGCCAUUUUAACCCCAUGGGAGGACCUCUGGACCCCAAGCUGCCUGCCAGGGGGGGCAUGGGAAACCAAGGCAUUAUGGGAGGCAUUCAAGGGCAGUUUGGGGGGCCAGUGAACACUCCUGUUCAGCAGGGGCUUUUCCAGCAAUUUGGGGGGUCUGGCAUGAUCCAGCAAGCAGAUCCAUCCUUCGCUCCUGAGCUUAGUCCAACCAGCCCCCUGCUUUCACCGCAGAACUCCACCUCCCAGAGUCCUCUGCUCCAGCAAGCGCAGCCUCCACCUGUUUAUCCAUCACCUGACAUAAAGAACUGGCAGCAAGGGGCCAUGAGCAACAACAGUUUGUAUAACCAGGCAGGCCAGCCUGUCUCUCAGAGCUUUGGGCAGCAAGGCGUGUAUAACAACAUGAGCAUCACCGUGUCAAUGGCUGGAGGGUCAGGAGCGGUGAGCACUCUACCUCCUAUUGGACCAUCUGUCGGCAUGGGCAACAAUAACCUUGGCAACGUCACUUCAAUGUGUAACGAUCAGGUACAGCAGGUUCAGGUGUUCGCUGAUGUACAGUGCACGGUAAACCUGGUGGGCAGUGACUCCUACCUUAACCAGUCGGGGCACAUUGGGUCCCAGAAGGGCCCGAGCGGCACCCCCACAGCCCAGUCUCAGCAGAAGAGCCUCCUCCAGCAGCUCCUGACCGAGUGAGCCGCCCACCGUCUGCCAGAGGACUGUCUCCACAUGUAGAGAUUUUUAUUCUUCACCUUUGGUUUCUAUACAGUAUAUUUGCAGGGUCGGUGUCUGGGCCCAGGCUUGUGAGGUUUCAUAGCCGUUCGACAGAGUGCUCAUUCCUGGUCACCUUUUUAAACGUCUGUUUCCGGAAAGGAGAAAAGAUCACGUUCCAGAAUUUGCCAAGUCUGUAAAAAAAUAAAUAAAAAGGACCUGCUGCUUCAGCCGUCUACACGUCCUGUCAGUCAGGCCAACGUUGCAGUGCUUCUUGGAGAGCAAGCGCAGCAGCUGAGCUCGGAUUGGUCGGAUUGGAAACUGGGACAGGCUGUGUUGCUAUGUUCAUGGUAUAUUGCUCAGUUUCAGCUGGAUCUGUGACUGAUAGGCUCUCCUCAGCAGUGCCUGAUGGGAGGAAUUUCCCACCUCUUUUUAUUUGUUAGUCUGUUCUGUUUGUUGUCUUUUUUUUUUUCAUUUGUUUUACUCUGUUAUCGUUUUCAGAACAAGCAUUGCCAGGAUGGGAGACAGCUCUGUAGUGUGUAUCCGUCUGCUGCAGGCUUUCCUGGCAACACUGUUUUGAAACAGCAGACGUUUUUUAACAAUGUCCUACACAUUUCCCCCCUCAGCAGCUGUGAAUACGAGCCACUUAGGGUCAACUCAGCCUAUCAGUGUUGUUUAAGGCGAUGUGUUGUGCAGGUUGGUAUUAUUGUACAGCACAAAUGGACAAAGUUGGGACAAGCUCACACUUUGUAAUUUCCUUUAAAACCAAAACAUCAUCAAAUUACAGGCAACUCUUGUUUCGAAUGCAUCAAUUUAACACCAGUUCCUUUUUAACGGCUUUGAGAAUCUGUAAUGUCACUCUUUGUUAUUUCAAAAAGUAAUCAUCCGGGUGGGGGGGGGGUCUUGCGCGCUGUCAUGUAUUGAGGUAAGAGAGACUCGAAUUUUUUUUUUACAAUUGAUAUUGGUUAUCGAACACCCCGAUAAAUGUUACAAACCCUCUGUUGCAUUGCACGCAGGUGCAAAAAUGUAGAUUGUACAUUGAUUUUCAUUAUACAGUUGAGUGUUUCAAGGAUGCUCUUCAAAACCACAGGUGCUCUCUCCCGACUGGAGGAGCGAGGUGUUGUUUCGCCCAGCAUCCGCACCGUCAUUUGACUGCUCAUGAGACUACUGUUGCCCAGUCAGACACUGUUCAUCAGAAUUAUCCUUUGUUCAUUUAGCUACUAGUCAUCCCCGAUCGAUUCGACCUAAACAUUCGCUAGUUUACGUGAAACGUACUAAUUGAAAACCAAAUUCUUUUUAUAUAUCAAAUUGGCACACCCAGAAAAAGACUCGCUGUGGUCGAAAUUGUUGUCUCACCAUGUGAGCCCAAGGUAUUUCACAGAUCGUGCAACAGAAUUGGAGCACAGCUCGAAAUCGUAUUUUCGUUCUCCUUUAAUUAAGUGUUCUUUUGUUCGUGACUCACUUUGUGGAGUUUAAGUGCCGUGUCUUUGUGCGUGUGCCCUGUAUACAAAGAAUGGCUCUUUUUCUCCAUUGCUACACCAGCUUAGAUUGUCCUUACCGAAACAAAAAAUCUAAUUUUGUGAAGCAGAUUCUCAUUCAUCUACGAAAUUCAGCCGGCAGUAUAUACUGUUGAGAUUGAGCCAAUUUUUGCUAUGUAAAUAGACAUAGAUGUCGUAAUUAAUCAUUUCUGCCCUUUUCUUUGGGGAACAGGCAAUCCUGUAUAGAUAAAAUGGUUUUUAUGCAGUGGAUAAGAUUCAUUUAAUGAACCCUACCUGUCAUCACUACCGUGUUUAUGCCAAAUAUACCAAACUAGCAAACAGCGCCUAUUAAUAAUGUUUUUUAUGGUUUUGUUUUCUCAUUUAUAACGGCUCUCACAGUCAGUACACAACAUCAAGGUACAAUAGAACUAUUCAGAACCUGGAUUAUCAAAGUAUUGUGUAUAUAACAGAUAAAUGUGAAUAUGUAUCUGUUCAGAAUCAACAAAAUGUAGUGCUCCGAGUUUGUGGUAAUAACUACUUGCUUCCAUUUUUUUUCUUCUUUGUUUUUGAGAUGUGUAUGGCUGUCUGAAAGCGUGUAUGUGUGUGAUUAAUACUGUAUAUCUGGUGUUUAAAAUGGAAAAACAGACAAAUGUCCUGAUUUUGAUUUUCUUUUUAUCUUUUUUUUUAGAAUACCUGCAACUUUUCCUGUGGGUGUUGAGAUUGCUCUAUAUGUGAGAAUGGUUUAGCGACUGCUGAAUGUGACUUUGCUGAGGGAGAAACAGCAUGGACUGGCUUUUGUACGGGUUAAUUAAAAAAAAAAAAAAAAAAGGCCAUAUUAUUUAAUUUCUCUGUUGUCAAAGUUUAAACAGCUCUGACAAAGUGGAACCUUGGUUUGGGAACAGCACCGGCUUAUUGUUGUGGGGUUUUCGUCAACUGCCCGAUGUAGUUUUUGCCAUGUGUAAUCGCUCUGAAGACAAGAACGCAAAUAUGACCAAAGCUUCAAGAUACUAAAAGAUCCAUAUCAUAUGCAAGGUUCAUGCAAUUGGACAAAUGUAGCAUCGAGUAUAGGCGUCCCAUAUAACACUACCAUUUUGUCUGUACUUUUUGGACAUUAUUUCUCUAGCUGGUUUGAUUAUUUUCAAAGACGUUCAGUAGCGAAUUUCUUCAGACGUUCCCCCGUUGCUACUGAUCUACCAAACAUGCAAAUGCCUCUUCGGGACAAACUUCAGUCACUGUUUUCAGGAAGACAGAUUUCUAACUGCUAGCUAUGCACCUUUAGAGGUUACAUGAAAAGCAUUUAGCUUUUGUUUUAAAACUGACAUUCAAAAUGGAUUAUUGCUUUGAAUGCAGGUUUCCAGCAAUGCAUGCUAACAAAUAUCUCCUGUUUUUCCGCUAUUUAGUUUUUUAACUCAAGGAUAUACAUUAUUUGUAGUUCGAAACAAGUGGUUUUGAGCUACUCGGGCUGAAAGCGAGAAAACCAUACUGAUGCAACUAUACUUAGAUAUUUGACUUUAUUUAGCUGGAUUCUUUAUACCAAAUUUGAGGUGCCUCUUGUACAUAUUUUCAGCAUAGAGGACUGCUCCUCACCAUUUGAUGAACGUUUUCUUGUUUAUGAGGAUUUUCUUAUACUGACCUUUGUAAGACUUUUGCUGUAUUUUACAUGACGUUUUUUACUAAAAACUUAAAUGUACCAGGAACUUGCAAGGAAUACAAUCUAGUUUUGCACUUUAUACAUGAAUUACAAGGAAAGAGGCCAUGUUUAAAUCAGACUAUAGCAUCACAUUCUGGAAAACAAGAAAAAAGACGAAGACAAAAACAUAUACCCCCUGAAUGUAUUUUCUCUAAGUGAAAUGCCAUUUCAAGUUCCUCGGAAAAAAAUCAAAACGCGUCUCAGGUUCUUCAGGAAGAACUUGGCUUGUCAGGCCCUCACCAUUGGAUCCCUUAACAGAGCAGGGUAGUGGAGCCUUUGCUACAUGAGUGUUUUUUCUGCUGCAGAACCAUAGAUCUAACUAUGCCUAUCUUCUUCAGGUGCUCCACCUCCCCUUUGCCCCGUCCUGUUAGCCGGCACGCUUCUGGCUUUAUCUUUUGAAGACAUUCCUCAUCGAACUCUGCUUUCUGCUCCUGGUGGUCUGUAUCGUAGUUCAGGCCCCGCACGCUCAGUGCCAAGUGCUGAGAACCAUUUAUGCAAACUCUUACAAUCUGCAUUUCCUCAUAUCAUAGUAUAGAAUCCUGCGUAUUGACCACCACACACUCUCCUCGUCAUUCAAAUGUCAUCUCUACAUGGUAUCAUCUACAGUAGCUACUGUUUACCUGAGAUUUUUCGCAUAUUGUAAGUGCUGCCUUAUUAAUAUAAAGAUAUUAGUUGUACUGGUGAAGGGAAGUCAUGUGUUUGUAGCUCCACUGAAAAGGCGCUCGUUCUUUCAAGGCAAGGUUCCACUUUUCACCUGUAAAAUUAAUAUAAAUAAACAAAUAUAUAUAGAUAUAUACAUUUUACUCAUUUUGUCCAGUUUUGUAUAAUGCUUGUGAACUUUUUUUUUUCUUAAGAGGUAUCAUUGCAGCUGUGUGUGGGACAUUAUGAAUGAAGAUGUAUCUGGGAGACUUCUGCAUGUUUUUAUUUUGUUUUAGUUUUUUUUCUCUAUAUCCAGGUUUAUCUGGAGAAUCCUACCUUUCUUAGGACGUUGUAGACAAUCAGUCACAUGCUGGGUCCAGCACCUGCAGGAUUGUCCUGUGGGCUGCAAAACUGUGUUUCGCAUCUACUGAAUCAGUCUUAUUUUUCUUGUCCAUUUCAUGGAAUUAUGUGGCUGCUCAAACUGAGAUUUGAAGUUUACACACACACACAUAUGCAUACACCUACACUCAGACAAACAAGAAACAUUCACUCACACCUCGUGCAUAUGGCCCCUUUGUUGCUUUUCCAAGGUGAAGAUACAUACCUUGAAGGAAAUUAUGCUUUGACUAACAAAUCUCUAUAACAUCCAUGAAUGUGAGAAUGCAACACAUUGCAAUAAAGCACCAUGUAAAAAAGGA